AUGGCAAUUGGCUCCAGUGUGUUCAAAAGCUUGUCGACCCUGAAUGCGGAGAAAUCACUUCAAAGCAAAACACAAGCCAAGACUCUGGUCAGUUGUCUCACAGUCCCUCCGCGAAGCCGCAACCCCGCGCGGGUGUCUCAGUCCUCCUAUCUUGACACCCACUCAAGUGUAGCUAGAUCGAAGCACAAGACGGGUAUGUCAGUUACGCGGGUCCCGCCAGACCUGGUACAGCAUAGCCAAGACUUGUCGCCUGCGAGCCACCCAAUUCGUCUGGAGUUUGUCUUCGACUACUUCUCCUCGGCAGCGUCGACCAUCAUGGCAAAGAAGGGCAUCGAGAAGCAGGCUCUGCUUUAUUGGAAGAAGCCUCAAGGGUUACUUGGUUUCGGUGAACCAUAA